GUUGAUUUGGGACGCCGCCACCUCAUGUGGCGCCAGUGGAAACGACAAAGUAACGUGUUGUAGUGAUUUGCCUCAUAAUAAGAUCCCUACCUGCCAGAACGUUUGCGUCCUUUAUUUUACUGAUUGUUAAAAGUAUUAAUAUUAGUAUUUAUAUUCCUGUAGCUUGCUAACAAUAAGCGUUCUCCAUACUGUAGCGCCUAGCGUCGUGCUAGUGUUGUUGUUAGCUAGCUAGAAGAAUUAGCCAAUAGCCACCACGCAGGCUGGGUACAGAUCUGUCAGGUACUCGGUGAAGGUAAAGCAGGAGGUGAUUUUACUCAUUUUGGGUAAAUAUGGUUUUGUUAAAAAGUUUAUCUCCCCCUGUGGAGGGGGUGAGGCACCAGCAGGCGAGUACAACAGCAGUGCUCGGUGGUAAAGGACUGGGAACAGGAACCUUAUAUGUGGCUGAAUCUUCUCUUUCCUGGUUUGAUGGGUCAGGACUUGGAUUUCUGUUGGACUAUCCCUCCAUCAGCCUACAUGCCGUCUGUCGAGAUGUGAGCGCUUAUCCACAGGAGCAUCUUUAUGUGAUGGUCAACAAAAAACUUGACACAGAUGAAAAUGAAGCCGAGAUGCGAGAGAGAGCUCCAGAUGACGAUGCUGAAGAAGAGAGUGAUGAUGAUGAUGAUGACAAUGAAGAUGAGGUCAUCACAGAGAUCCGAUUCGUACCCAGUGAUAAGGCAGCGCUUGAGGCCAUGUUUUCUGCCAUGUGUGACUGCCAGGCCUUGCACCCUGAUCCAGAUGACGCAGACUCAGACGAGGACGAAUUUGAAGGAGAGGAAUAUGAAGAGGACGAGGCUGAGGAGGGUCAGGGAGACGUUCCUACGUUCUAUACAUACGAAGAGGGCUUGUCCCACCUGACCACCGAGGGCCAGGCGACACUGCAGAGGCUGGAAGGGAUGCUGGCGCAGUCUGUAACCGAACAGUUUCACAUGGCUGGAGUUCGAACUGGCGAGCCACAGUCUGGGUUUGAAGAUGGAAUGGAGGUCGACCCUAAUUCUGCAGUAGCCGGACAGUUUGACGACGCUGAUGUUGAUCACUGAUGAAUUGUUUGCUGCUGUUACCUGAAGCACUUAAAGGCCUAUAUUUUGGGAGUCUUCUACAGUCCGGUCCAGAUCUGAUGGACCUAGAUGGAGGAGGUCAAUUUCGAGGCCAAGGUUUCUUAAACCCGACAGCAUUUCUGUUUCUUUGUUUUGUGUUUGUCCUUCAGACCAAAUGAUGACUGCUUUAUCUUAUUUGUAUGAAACGUCAAGAAAUAAAAUAGUUUUUCUACAAA